UCUCUCGGUCGCGACCUGUCCUUAUUAGCGCCCAAAUUUCUGGUUAUAAAGGUUCCAAUCGCUUCUACUCAGCUAAGCAAGUCAGAAUGGGCAAGAAGAAAUCGAAUACCCCAGGCGAGGAACACCUACUUUUGCCAACGCCGCCUACCGAGAAGCCUAUCGUCGACACCCACACCCACAUCGCGUCGACAUUCCAGUUCUACCAAACGAAGUACAACAAGCAGGGUACUGCAAAGUACGAAACCGUAUUCGAUUUCGUGAAGGGGUUGUACAAGGACCGGAAAGUCGAAAGUAUCGUCGACGUCUGGUGCGAGCCAGCCGUGAACAGAUUAUGGAGGGAAUUUGCGGAUUCUGCAGUCACGGAAGAGGAUAGAAUAAAGAACUGGGACGGGAUAAAUUACUGGUUUGUUAUGGGUGUACAUCCACACGAAGCUAAAAGCUAUACAGACGAAGUAGAGAAUCAAAUUUUAGAGGCCAUGCAACAUCCUAGAUGCGUUGGAUGGGGAGAGAUGGGUCUCGACUACCACUACGAUAACUCCCCUCGGGAGACACAACGGGAGGUCUUCGCUCGUCAACUUCGGCAUGCAGUGCGGUUAGGUAAACCAUUGACCAUCCACACCCGUGAAGCAGAGGAGGACACCGAAAGAUUGUUGAAGGAAAUCGUUCCGAAAGAGCACAAAAUCCAUAUUCACUGUUUCACCGACUCGCCCGAGUUUGCUCAGCGGCUUCUUGACCACUUUCCCAACCUCUACAUCGGAAUCACGGGCGUCAUCUCUUACUCAACCAACGCCAACACUUCACAGGUCAUCAGGAAUAUGAUUUCUGCCCAAACUGAGACUUCGAACAAGCUUCGGAUUCUCCUCGAAACAGACGCGCCGUAUAUGGUUCCGGCCAACCUGUACGAGUCUGCCCCUGCGCUCAAGGGCAAGCGGCUACCACUCUGCCACACAGCUAUGAUACCUUGGGUCGCCGAGUUUGUUGCUGGUGUUGCCGGCGAGGGGUGGAGCUCGGAUCGCAUCAUGGAGGAGGCGAGGGAGAAUGCGAAGGCGAUGUAUGGCGUGUGA